AUGCAAGGGUACGCUGGACAUCAUCAACUCGAUGCUUCUCUUGAUCUCAGCACAAUCUGCGAGCAUCUCAAGUUUAGUCGCCAAAUUUUCAAAUCUAUAUUCAAAUUCUGGAUGAUUAUUCAAACAAAAUUGCAUACCGCUUACCAGAACAAACUUAUUGGUGUGAUCAAUACAUCCCACCCCGUAAAGCAAGCCCCGUUGAAAACUGAUUCUAUCUCCAAUCUCCAAAUUAAUGGUAGCUGCAACAUAAUUAAGGGUAAUUGUUACAAAGAGAUUGUUGAAUCAUACACCAAGGAAGUAUCAAAACUAGAAAAAACGGUGAUGAGGAUGAUUUUUGAAAGGUCGGGUGUGAAGGAAUUUCAUGAACAAUACUACCAAUCAUGUUCUAAUUUCCUUGCAUUGAUUAAACAUAGACCCCCACAGUCCAAUGAGGAGCUUGGAGGUGUUCAAGAACACACUGAUCCAACUUUCAUAACACUUAUUCAGCAGAAUCAAAUUUCAGGUUUUGAGAUUAAAUCAAAGGAUGGGAGCUGGAUUUCUGUUGGAUUACCUCCAUCUUCAUUCCUUGUCAGGGCUGGUGAUGCAUUACUGGCGUGGAGCAAUGGCAGAGUCCGUUCUACUUUACAUAGGGUCAGAAGGAAUUCUAGAGAAACUACAAGAUUGUCAAUUGCUCUAGCUUCAUAUUACAACGGGAUGAUUCAAAUACCUGAAGAACUUGUUGACGAGGAGCAUCCUUUGAAGUUUAAGCCAUUUACCACUUGGGAUUCAUUCAUUUCACUUUCACGGGCCCUCCAACGAUGA